AUGACGUUUUUGUCGGUACCAUACUUGCAGAUGGACGAGGUCGUACCAUCCGAUUGCAAGAUUGGCCAUCAAAUGUCAAAGGCGACGGAUUCACUGCGGGGUAAAGUUUGCCGUGUGGAGGUGACGCUCACGCAGCAGUGUCUGCUCUUUGGGUGGAAUCCGCUCGACUCUAAGCGGAUAAUCAACGUCUUCGUGACGACGAUCAUCAACUUCAGAUUGCUGUUGCACAGAGUCUCGACUCUCGGGUUUCAGCGUCGCAAUCAUUCUCGUUCACGAUCUCCGUCACCGGACCCGUUUGUACAAUCCGCACGAUAA